AUUCACUAUUUUGACAAAAUUCCGCGGCCCAGAAAUUUUCUGAAUUAAUCAUUUAAAUUCCCUCCGACAGAACAAAAUAAAUUUAAAUUUAUAAAACUGAUUAGGAGUGAUAAGAAUCAUAGAUUAACGUGAUUAUUACACUCAUAACAAACGAACAACUUAAGAACAAACUAAAUCAAGUCAACCUUGUGAUAGGCCAACUCAUUAACGAUGAAGCAAGUUUAUGUUAUUAGCAUAAUUUUGACCGUUGCAUCAUAUUCCAUUGCUCAACGUGUUGCGCCUGGCGUUCCACCUCAGCACUACGAAGCACCACCAGCUUAUCAACAACAACAGCAACCAAAUUACCAACAACAACAACAGCAACCAAAUUACCAGCAACAACAACAGCAUCCUCCUAAUCCUAAUCAACAACAUUACAACCCGAACCAACAAGUACCCGUUCAAAAUGUCGAUCAAUAUGGAAAUCCCUCCCACCAUCAACAGCCACCGGUAGCUCAGCAGCAACACGGUGGAGGUGGACACCAUCAUGGACAUCAUGGUCAACCACAACAAGUUCUGCACACAGGAAAUCUUCAAGAUGAGAAAGCUCACAUUGCGGAGCACAUGGAAGUGCCGAUUGAUACAAGUAAAAUGACAGACCAAGAACUUCAAUUCCAUUACUUUAAAAUGCACGAUGCUGAUAAUAACAACAAGCUUGAUGGUUGUGAAUUGAUUAAAUCACUGAUACAUUGGCAUGCUCAAGGCAGUAAAGAUAACGAACAUCAACAGCAAGUGCCACAGGUGGAGGAAAAAAUAUUCACUGACGAAGAACUCAACACGUUAAUUGAUCCGAUUCUUCAAAGUGAUGAUCUCAAUAAAGACGGUUUCAUUGAUUAUCCUGAAUUUAUUCGAGCGCAACAAAAAUCAGCGGCAGCUAAUCAAAACAAGAGAUAAUUAAAUGUAGUUGUGACUUAAAAUUGUUUUCAUUCUUGUUGAAUUUCUUUUCUAAAAAACACGAUCAAAGACUGAGAUGAGUGAAAGAAAAUUCAUCUUGAGAGAUAGAAAGUGGCUUCGUUAAAUUGUUUUGUUUUAUUUCAUGAAAAGAAAAUUGUCAUAAAUAUUCCAUUCCAUCACAAUUCCUUAUCAUACUUUUUAUAAUUUAUUUAUAAAUAUUAUCUGCGCCUUUUGAGAGAUCUUCAAAAUCGAUACUUAAUUACUUAAAGGGAAUCUCAAAAUUACUUUCACGGUCAAUGUUUUUGUCGAAAAGUCUUGUCUGUUGAAAUUCUUUUAAUUUUCUCAAAACAUGUUUGCAUAAAUCUUGAUUAUCGUUGACAUGCAAAACUUUUUAAAGAACAAAGCAAGGAUCAAAUGUAAAAACGUGACAUUAAAUGAAAUGUAAGUGCGCACUGAUAAAACAUGAAAAAUGAAAUUGCGCUGUUAAAGAUUGAACAAAUUAAAAAUAAAAAUAUUUUGCCACAUAUUUCAAUCGAUGGUUUUGUGAUUUUUAAUGUCAGGCAAGUGGUGGGAUUCUUGCUGUUGCUAUCAUAACUUUGAUAUAAAUAUUUGCUUUGAAUUUAUUUAUUUAGAAAAGGAUGGAAAGAAGGAACAAGCCUCGUCCUACACUGAUGAACAUCUUGAAAAGACGCUUGACCCAGUCAUAGCUCAA